CUACGAACAUAACUAGAGCAGACCAAUUUUGAUACCAUCAAACAAAACAAAAACACAUGUUGUUUCGGAAGAAGCCCUCGAGUUCAGGGAAGGAGGACACCGAGCAAGGCCAGGGUUCGUCUAAGGUGUAUGCGGCAGAGGACGGUCCUGAAGUUGUAGUUUUAGAGGCUGCAACGCAGUCGAGUCAAGAAAUAGGCAAAGGAAAUAGAGGAUCUCCAAGAGGGUCUGAGCAGCUGCAUUCUGCUUUUGGUACAACUCCUGUAACACCUGCUGCUGCUGGUUCAAAGACGAACGAUACAAAGAUCAUGCCAACCGCAGCUAACGUUGAGCCAAAAAGGGGGGCAGGCAGUUCUAAGCCUAUUGACUACGACCGCGCGAAUGACAUUUUCCGGCAAUAUUUAAACGAAAAUUAA